CCGUUGAAACAUACGUAGAUGCCCGUAUUUUGGGCGCGAAGCGUGGACUCAACGUGAACAAAUAUAGACAGUUACUAAACCUGAGGUGGGAGAAACGGAGAUAGAAAGAAACAAACCAAGAUUCGAAGACAAAAUCUGAAGUAGAUAGAGAACUGAAAGAAAAGAACAAGAAGAGAACAAUGGGACAAGCACAAAAAACACCAGAGAGAGAGAAGUGCACGAAAAAAACAUACGACGAUAUGUCUUUCAAGUUCAAUGCACGGGCACGUGAAUUUGUCCCAAGAUCAUAUACCCAGAUGCCCGCCUCUGCUUAUUUCUAUCCAGGCUUCAACUUUCUGGGUAGGAGUAUUGGUGGUGGGUCUGAUUGGCUGUUUGUUGGGUACCAAGAGCCACCUGCAUAUUUGAUCUCUAACCCUGAUGUUGUCGCCCCACACUAUCGCACCAAGACCGUUCUCACUGAUGACCUUAAGCAAAAGAUCAUCAAACAGGUGGAAUAUCAAUUCAGCAACAUGAAUCUGCUUGCAAAUGAAUCUUUUGUGAAACACAUGACUGAAGAUCCCAAUGGUUAUGUUCCAAUAUCUGCUAUUGCUUCAGUUAAAAAGAUCAAGUCUCUUGUUAGUAAUAACCCUAUGCUUGCCCAAGCACUGCGGUCCUCUUCAAGGCUUGUUGUAAGUGAUGACGGCAAGAAGGUUAGGCGUAAAGACCCUUUUACUGAGAAAGAGAAAGAGGAGUUGCAGUCUCGUAUUGUUGUGGCAUAUAACUUGCCUGAAGAUCAUCCUCAUCAAAACCUCGAGAAGAUAUUUGGUGUGGUUGGGAGUGUGAAAGCAAUUCAAAUAUGCCACCCCCAUGAAUCCAUUUCAUCUUGCUCCAUUUCAGUCAGUAACAAGCUUCAUGCACUUGUGGAAUAUGAGACCACGGAUAUAGCUCAAAAAGUUCAGAAAUUCAACGAUAAAAGGAAGUGGAGCAAGGGACUACGAGUAAGGUUGCUGCUUAGACGCUCGCCAAAAUCUGUUGUAAAGAACAGAAAGUCCAAGUUUGAUGGCCUUUUAGAGGAGGAAGAGGCACCAUCUCCUCAAGCCACUGGAGAUUCCCGUCAACCAAACAACAGAGAGUCAGUAGACUGCAACGUUGAAGCGAAUUCAGUGGGAUCAAAGAAAGGAUGUGGGGCGUGGAAAAUCCAAGAGGACGAGGUCAAAGCCAUGGUGGGCACGAAUUGCAGCUUGCCCCAAGUCCCCAUUUGAGCACCAGUACUAUUCAGGUUGAAAAAUCUGCCACAUAGGUUUCCAAUUCCAUGGCCAUGGACCCAUAAUGCCGGACGGGACAAGGGGUUUCGCCGAGGGAUGAGGCAAGCCAUUGAGUACCCCUGCUCUAGCUAGUGCGGCUAAGGGGUGAUGGGUGUGGAUUUAUGUUUUUUCGUCUACUAUAGAUUAGUUACUAUAAUAAUAUAUGUGGCUCUGCAUAUACAAUGCCGCAUGGCAACUUUCUCUAUGUAGACAAAAUCUGUAGCAUUAAUGUAUAUUUUGGGUUAGGAUCCGAUUCUGUCUGUAAUUGUUUAAGUUGUUGAAGUAACGCAAUUUAGGGGCACAUUGCAUAUU